AUGUCAUUAAAGUCAAUAAUACAAUCAUACAAAUAUACAGAGGAUGAAGAUAUAAAGGUAGAACAACUCAAGACUACAAAAGUCACAAGUCCUAAAAAGAUUAAAAAAACAACGAAAGAUGUAUCACCAAAAAAGAAAGUCAUAAAUUAUACUCAACUUCAAGAUUUGCAACCAUCUUUAAAACCAGAUUUAAAACUUUUAUUCAUUGGAUUUAACCCAGGUGUAGAAUCAAGCUUAACCCAACAUCAUUAUGCUCAUCAUUCAAACUUAUUUUGGAAAUUAUUCAACCAGAGUCAAGCAUUAUCAAAAGUCACGAAUGGUGAAUUUUCAUUCAAAUGUACACUGGAAUUAGAUUUCGAGUUAAUUAAGUACUCUAUUGGUUUUAGUGAUUUAUGUUUACGAUGUACUAAACAAGCUCACGAGUUAACAAAUGAUGAAAAAUUAGAGAAUGUGCCUAGAUUAUACACCGAAAUUAAAGAUAAUAAUGUGAAGAAUGUAGUUAUUAUUGGGAAAGGUGUUUGGGAGAUGAUUGUGAAAUAUGAAAUGCUAAAUAUGGGUAAGAAGAAGUUUAAGUUGAGUAAGGAUAAUUUUGUAUGGGGUGAGGUCAAAACGGGGGCUGAUAAGGAGUAUAAUUUGAUUAUUGAGAAUAUGUAUGAUAAAUUGAGUCAGGGUUGUAAAUUAUUUGUGUUUCCUAGUACUUCUGGUUUGGUUGCUAGUAUGAAUUUUCAAGAUAAAUUGAAAUUAUGGCAAGAUAUGGUUGAUAAAAUAUGA